AUGAGUAACUUUAAACGUGGAUUACAUUCUAUUAACCCUGCGAAUAUCGCUGUUCAUAGAAACUGUGGCAACAACAGUGAGAUCAACACAGGAUCCGAUGAAGCAAAUCCAAAAGAAAUAUCACAAGACAUACAUGUAUACAUCCAUGAACAAGCUCACAUCCACCAACACACACACAAAUGUGUUUUCAGAAGACAUAUAAAACAUAAUUUUGCAGUUACUCCCAAUCAUAAAGAAAUAGAUGAACAUAUGUCAGACGUUUCUCCUAUGGAUGAAAACACAACGGAAGACAUAACAAAUGGAAGAAAUGAAAAAGGGAUUAUAGAUAAUCAUAGGAAGAGAAAGAAACCAAAGGAGUGUGAAAAAGCAAAAGGCACACAAGAACAAAAAGUAGACAUGUCAACUCAAUCAACAGAAGAAAUGCAAAAUGUGAAAGGCUAUGUUCAUGACAGCAAAGUUUACGUUCCCCAAUGUGAUAAAUUGAUAGGAAAAAUUAUUACUAAAAAGAAAGUAAAAGGAGGAAAAUUCAGAAUCAUUCCAUCCAUAGCUGAAAGUCAACAUGACGAUGUUAGACAUACAGUACAAGAGGAUUCCCAAAAAGAAGAAGGAGAAGAAGAAGAAGAAGAAAAAGAAAAAGAAACAAAUGAUGAAAGCGAUGGUGUACAAUAUAACAAAAACAACAGUGACAAUCAUCAAGGGAGGGAAAAUCCAAAUGAUGAACGUAAAAGAAAACUAAGCAUAUAUAAAAAGAAGAUGAACCAAGUUAAUAAAAUCAUUUACAAUUUAAAUUACUUCAACAGAUUUAGUAAUCUUGAAUUCAGAAAAGGAAUAUCUCUAAGUAAGAAGCAAAAUGAGGAAGAAUUGACAAAACAAGGAGAAAUGACUUUAUUAUCCCAUCCUUUUACUACUUUCAAAUAUGAACAUAAUCAAAGGAAAAAAUCGUCAUCUAACUGCACAUUUCAUCCUAAGAAGUUAUCUAUACACAAUGAAGAAUGUACAAACAAUAAUUUAUAUCAAUCAAAUGUUAUGUGCGAAACUAGUUACAAUUUUAAAAGAGGAAAAAAUAAAACAUUUUCAAAUAAAAUAGACCCCAUUUAUCACUCCGAUCAACACAUCUACGACUACCCAUCCUGUGAAGAAAAAAAAACUGAUGAAAAUCAGAAAAAUGACAAAAACGAUACCGUCACCAAUAAUUGUAAAGAUGAUUCCAUCUCGAAACCUCAAUCGUGGGUUCUUCCGCAGCUAGCUAAAAUCAAGCAAAAAAGCAUGGAGCAAAAAAUAAUUCACAAGUUACCGAUUCUUUUAGAUAUAAAAGAUUUCCUAAAGAAGAAGAAGAGGAAGAAAAAAAAAAAAAAAAAAAUAGAUGGCAGGAAUGACGAAGAAAACAUGGCUAAUCAAUUCGGAAAAAGCCAAGUGGGGAAAAGCCAAGAGAACACUACCGUGGUAGAUGCAGCGGAAGAACCUACCACAAACACUUACACAAAACAUAGUCAUACCCAAGAAGUAAACACUUCUUUGGAAUCAAAAGAAAAAUACAACAUUGACUUAAAAAACGGAGUACAAAGGGGAAAGGAGAAUAAGCAACAUGUCGUACAUUCCCAUCAAUUACUAACUGAUGUCAUCCCCAGUUUUAAAGAUGACACCAACGAUAACAUCUGUGUAAUAAGCACGAUCACUUCUAAAAAUGACAAUGGAGAAGCUGAAAUGGUAGAAUCACCAUCUCUUCACUCAUCCAGUGAAACAGGUAUUAAUAAUUAUACCAUUCAUAAAAGGUACCAUUUGCAUAAAAAAGAAAAUACACAAUUGGUUAGAAGCUAUGAUAAAUCAUCUAUUCCUGUUGACUCAAAUUUGAACAAUCAAUUAAUUGAUAAUACACAUAGGACAGAUAAAACAAAAUUAAAAGAUGAAACAAAUUACAUCCAUUUGAAUAAGCACAAGGAGAGGCAAUUAGGUAAAAAAUAUGAUAAAAAAAAAGUACCCUUUUCAUAUGUUAAAAAUGAAAAAAAUUCACGAAAAAUAAAUGUGCAGAAUUCGGAUGUGAUGACAAAUCAAGAUAAUAAUACGGAAUUUAUUUGUGAACAUUUAAAUAAAAAAGAGAAAUUUGAAAAUACAAAAUCGAAUCAUGAUGUACUUGUAUCAAUACAAAAUAGAAACACUCAGACAUGUGACCACCAUUUAAGAGACACACCUAGAGCACAUUCCUCAUCUAUCACUUUGUCUUCUUACCUGAAUUAUGAACUCAGCUUAAAUAGAAAAAAUAAAAAGAUAUUUAAUGAGAUGAAGGAUAUAAUUUUGGAUUCACAAGAAGUAAAAACCAUUUCAAACGAUUUUACCAAAAAGGUAACAAAAAAAUGGGAUCAAAAUUAUACCUUUUUUAGAUGCACAGAUGAUUCCACAAGUAGAAAUGAAUUUAUCAAUUCUUCAACUUCAAAUAUGCAGGGAACAAUGAACGAAGGAGCUUAUGUAAAACAAGUGAACGUGAAGAAAAGUAGUUGUAAUAAAAGUGCGAAUAACACACCUAGCGAUCAAAGGAGGAGACACAAAUUGCGUGCGAAUUUUCUCGAAAAUACAUCUGCCAUAAUCGAUAUGGUGGAAGAUGUAAAUAACUCUUUAGAAAAGCACCAUUACAAAGAAAAAAAUCAAUCAGCAAUCAGGUUAGAGAUUCCACUUUGCGCUGGCUCAAGCGAAUUCAGCAAUGCGCAGAAUUUCACCAGCAUAAACGGAACAGCAGAAGCAGAAGCAGACGCAUCCACAACAGUAGCAACAAAAAAAAAAAAAAAAAAAAAAAAAGAAGAAAAAAAAAAAAGCAAUCAAAAUUGCAGUAAAGAUUGUGAGCCUGGUUGCAAUCUCGAUUAUAUUCGUCAUCCAAGUCACAACGAAGAGUGUACAGAUAAACACGAUGGGGUUACAUCUACUGUACAGCACGCCAAUCCAAAUGAACAAAGUAAAAGAAAGAUGCCACCGAGGGAAGAAUAUUUAAUCCCGUUGAAUGAGGCUUCCCUUUUAGAUGCAAACAAAGAAAAUGAAUCUUCUACCAUCGUAAUUGAAAUCCAUGAUAUGAACCAUGGUGAUGAAACAAAACAUAGCUCGAAAGAGAAACCAAAAAAAGGAUUCAAAAAUGGAACCGAAAAAGGUUCAAUCGGAUCCAUAUGUCAUAAAGAUAUCAAUGAUCAGGAUGAGGGAAUCGUAGGUCCAAUUGCCACUAGCCGAACAGAUGCAUCUAACUCGGGGGAUGACAAAUCUCACCAGGGCGAACCCAACAGAAAUCAUUCUAUCACGAAUCAGUUUAACAUCAACCAAUUAUCCAAGAACAAAUGGAUCAUCAAUCAGUCGCAGAAUAACCAACCAUCGAUCCCUCUAAACGACCAAGGGAAAAGAAAAAAAUCGAGAAGACAAAGAAAGAAAAGUUAUGAACAACUCACGAAAAUCGAUAUAAAUGAUCAAAUGAGGAACAACAAUACAGCAGUAAAUAAUUCCUUCUGUAAUGUGAACAAUAAUUAUGCAAAUGUUGAAAAUGAAGGAGAGACUGCUUUUAUCCAUGGGUUUUGCGCCUCACCUGAUUUGCCAGAUGUGGAUUAUUCAAAAAAAUACAAAUGUAUAAACAAAAAUAAUAUUAAUUCAAAAAAAUCCAUUGCACAUGAAGAGCAUAACAGUGUUAAUGAUAUAGAUUCCCACUUUCCUGCUGUUCAUCCUGCAUUUGGAAAUUAUUUUGAGGAAAGCUAUAUUCCUAUGGAUCGUGGGUUCUAUAGGAACGCAGAUGAGAACCGAAAUCUCCCUUACAGCCCCAAUCAGAGCUACUACAACCACCUGCACAGAGUCGAUUCAGAAGAUAUAACCAUGGACAACAUGAAUAAGUUUGUGUACAGGGAGUAUAUGAGUUAUGUGAAUUACAUGAAUUAUAUGAAUUAUCUCAACUUAAUGAACCAAAUGAAUUACAUGAGUUAUAUUUCUCCACAGAAUCAGCUAAACUUAGCUAGCGAAACAUGUCGUGCAAAGGGGAUAAGCAAAUUAAGCGGAGAAAUAGGAAUAAACGAGCUUAUCCAUGUGAACUCCUCAAACCAUGUGAACUUCUCAAACAAUGGCAACUUCUCAAACAAUGGCAACUUCUCAAACAAUGACAACUUCUCAAACCAUGGAAACUUCUCAAACCAUGGAAACUUCUCAAACCAUGGAAACUUCUUAAACCAUGGCAACUUCUCAAACCAUGGAAACUUCUCACAGAAAGAGUAUCGUGAAAAUUCGAGAAUUGCCAAAUCUGUUGCACAGAAAAUCCAGAAGAAUGGAUACAAUGUAAAAUACACAGAUUGGAAGUAUAGAAAUGAUUCCAAUUUCAAUUACGCUGAAAAAAACAGGGAAAUAAAAAAGGAAAGUGUAACACACAACAAGGAUGCACACGUAAAUGAUAUGGAAUCAAGAUUUGCAAAUUACACAAAAAAUUCAAAUUCUGGAAGUCGAUUCAAUAUGUUGAACCUUAGGAACUCUCAAAACAAAUUUUUUUCAGAAAAAAAAACAUGGUUAGGUAGAGACAAAAUAAGUAACAUCUAUUAUAACCAAAAAUUUAGCUACGAUAAUAAUCCAUCCUAUGUGAAACAUCACAAAAUGAAAAAUUUACCAAUUAAUGGAACCGAAUGGAAUUACACUAAUUUACAUAAUUCCAUAGGAAUGAAUGAAAAUGAAAUGAAAGAAUUAACAAUGGAAGAAACAAAAGAAAUGGAACAAGGAGGAGAUGGAUUAGGAUAUUAUGCCCAUAGUUUGUAUAAUGAUGAAAGUAAUAAUAGUGCUUGUAUUUCUGAUUGUCAAGAUGUUUAUUAUGGAACAUGCAAUUCAAUUCAUAAUUCUUACAUGGAAUAUGAUAAAAAUUACGUACUACACGAUGAACAUUAUUAUAUGAACAAUAUGGAAUGGAAAGACAACCAUACGAAUGGAAUAUGGAGUCCAACAUGGCAACCAAUAAAGUAUGACUCGUUCCUAUACAAAGGAAUAAAUUAUAUAGAAAGUGAUAAUAACAGAAUGAAGAACACAAUCGAUGUUUCUUCACACAGUAGUAAUCAUACAGUCAUCACCCCAUUGUACAGAAUGAAAAAAUUUCCUUUUGGAAGAACUAACAAAAGUAUGUUUAAACAUUUCAAUAAACGUCCCCAUCAUCAUCAUAAUACCAUGAUGAAUGAAAGCGACUACUACCCUGUGAAACAAAACUUUACGUGGAAUAAUCACAUAUCAGGAAAUAGUUACUCAUCUCUAAAUGCACAAAGGAUGAACCAAUUUAUCUACAGUGACAAAACUGAUUUUCAACUAAACGUACGUAUGAACAGAGGGAAAAUGAAUUUCUUCCAUGUGCCCAAGUGUGGCAUGUAUUCCAAAUUGCAUAUCAAAAAAAAAAAAAAAAAUUUCAAAGAUGAGCAGGGUGAUCCGUAUAAACAGUAUGAACAGUAUGAACAGUAUGAACAGAAUGAACAGAAUGAACAAAAUGAACAGCAUAAACAGAAUGAACAAAAUGAACAGCAUAAACAGAAUGAACAAAAUGAACAGCAUAAACAGAAUGAACAAAAUGAACCAAAAAAUUGCAUACCGAAUGGUAGCGGAAACUUAUAUUUCACAAAUGAAACGGACAAAUUUAAUAUCCUGUAUCCCUAUGAAUGUAACAAUGCCAAGAAUAAUUUUCCCUUCACCUACCCUAUUUCUCCCAGUGCUUUUUUCUACGAUUAUCUGCAUAGUACAACCUUCUCAAGUGGAAAUAUGUUAAGAGAUUUUCCCACCAUUAGCAAUUGUGCUGAUUUUAAAAACUUAAUUAAGGAAAAUUACUUCAUGAAAAAAGACAUGUACAGAAACAAACAUGCAAGUUAUCUUCAUGAUGAUCAUAACACGAAUGAUAUUUUCACAGCAAUUUCAAAUGAAUAUGAAAAUGUUACCAAACUGUUGAAUAGUAAUUAUCGAAAGGUUAAAAAAAAAGCAUCAAAAUGUAGUACAUCCAAAGAUGAAGAAUUCAUGCGAUAUCAGGAGCGAAUACUUCUAAGUUCUGAACAAAUCAGUAAAGAUGUAAAAACAGAUGUAACAACACAUCAUAAGAACCAAUUGAGGAACGAUUCUGACAUCAUGCCCUGUAAGCAAUGGAAUAGAAAUAAAAAUAACUUGAACAAUAAUUGCAAUAAUUUCAAAGAAGUAGGAACGAAAGCUGAAAAUAACAUACAUAAUAAUCUUAAAAAAGAAAUUAAAAAGGGAAUUGCAAUAGAAGGAAUUCAGAAAAAUAACAAGAAAGAAAAAUCAGAUUUUAUAAAAACGAAUAAAGUGGAUGAAUGUACUAAUUUUAACGAAAUGUUGAAAAGGUACAACAAAUUAAAAAAAUGCAAUAAUGAAAGUGAUAAAUUGAGAAACACAGAAGAGGGGAACAUAUUAGAUGAUGCUACUACCACUAUGGAUACGUCCAUUUGCUUAGUACCUAAAUCGAAAAGUAGUAAUCCAAAGAAUAAUACCCCAACAAAAAAUAAUGCAAAGGAAGUUCAAGAUGUAAAAAAAAAUAAACCGGGUGCACUGAAUGACUAUCAUGAAGUUUGUAAUUAUUUGGAUUUCGAAUCUGAGUGUCCGUUUUCACAACCUUGUAAAGUGCAGCAGAAUAAAAAAAUGGAAGGAAAAAAAAAAAAAAAAAAAAAAAACCAAGAAAAACAGAGAAGUAAGAAAAGUGAGAAAAUUCUGAAAAGUGUGCAGAUUAGACAAAACGACGAAAAUGCAAGAAACUGUAUGGCCACACGAAAACCAAGAAGUCAAAGUUGCAUAAGCAUAAACUCCUAUGAAAAACGCAUUACUAAUUCAUGCCACAUCUCUGGAAGAAACACUAGAAGAGGAAUGUUGUUAAAUGUUCAUGAUAAAAGGAGUAGGACCCAUCAUUCAGCUUUUAAUUUUAGGAAUCACAGAUGUAUCACUAUUAAAGGCGAACAAAUCGAUGAAGCAGAUGAAGCAGAUGUAGCAGAUGUAGCAGAUGUAGCAGAUGUAACAGAUGAAGCAGAUGCAGCAGAUGCUGCAGGGGGAGAAGCCCUCCAUAGUGUACAUGAAGAAAGAACCAAUACGGGCAAUCUGCUGAAGGAGCGUGAAGAAGACAUUUUUCAAAUUUUGAACAAAACGGAAGAUAUGUUAGUAAAUUUUCUCAAAAAGGUAAAACCAUCAAAGGAUAUAAAAUUAACGAAACGAAAUAUUUUCAUUAUAUUGUAUAAGCUGAUAAAACACCUGUUUAAUUCAGAUAUUGAAAUAUACAUAGUGGGUUCUAGUGCAUACGGAGUGGAUUCUAAAACGAGCGAUUUGGAUAUAGUAAUUCAGACCAGUAUGUACAACCCAAAGUAUGUUCUGCGGAAUAUAUACAACUAUAUCAAUGAAAUGAAAGAAAAAAAAAAAAAAAAAAAAAAAAAAAACACGACGAGCUUGACAAACCAGACGAGCAUGACAAACCAGACGAGCAUGACACACCAGAGGAACACUGCAAACCCGACGAACACUACAAACAGGAGCGAUAAUUGUUCAUUUUAUAAGAAAGAGAAAAUAAAUGAAGACUGUUGUGAUGACUACACCACAAAUGAUAAGUGCAACGUUGCAAAUACUACUUCUCUUGACGCAAGUGAAUUAUCUUUUUUUGAUGAUGUAGAAUUACAGCUAGUAGAUUCUGCAAGAGUACCUAUAUUGACACUAAGAAAAAAUAACAUAGUUUGUGAUGUAUCUGUGAACACAAACAAUUCUUUGAAGCACACAGAAUUUUUUUUAACUCUUUUGAAAUAUUACCCGAAUCUAAAAAAUGUAAUGAAGAUACUUAAACUACUAUUGAAAGUAAGAACUUUACCAUCAAUGAAACAGGGAGGAUUGCCCACUAUCUUAUGGAUGAUGUUAUCUGUUCGUUAUUGUAAAUUCCACAUUGAAAACAGAACCAGUUGUGACACUAUACCAUAUUCCUCAAUUCGAAAAAAUGACAAUGUAAAGGAUGAGAAUAAGGAAAAACACCUUCAGCAUAAGGAGAAUAACACAUCGCACAUAUCCCUCAACACACAUGAGAUAGACAACAUGUUCUGUGAUCCAAACUCAGUUGAUCAUCAAUGCACAAAUGUCGUACAAAUGUCUCCAAAUCGUUCUCAAGAAUGUCUAUCAUAUCGUUCUAAGAGUAGAUGUGCAUCUAGUGAACUUACUUAUCCGUAUAUUUUAAAAAAAAAUUGUACCAUAAGGGAACAGUAUGGCGAUGCUGCUGCUGCUGUUGAUGCUGCUAACGAUGAUUAUUCCAGAAAGGGAGAGAAUUCACGUCCAAAAGGGAAGAAUAAUUGCAUGAAGUUUAAUCAUACAGAUGAAUUUAAAUCCAGCACAAAAACAGAAAAGAUAAAAAAUUACCAUUUUGUAAAUAACGAAUAUACAAAUUCGUGUAAUGAAAAUACAGGAAGACGCCCCAAGUAUGUCAAUUCAAAUUACGUAAAAAAUCUGAAUGAAGUUUCAGAAAAUAUCACCAAUGAGCUGGUUGGGAAUAUCAUGAUUAAGGAACAAAUGAAAAAAGAAGAUCAACUAGAUAUUCCAGAAUCUUUAUCCAUUAAAAAUGAUUCAUUUGAAAAUAUUACAUCCAUUAAAAAUGGUUCAUUUGAAAAUAUUGCAUCCAUUAAAAAUGGUUCAUUUGAAAAUAUUGCAUCCAUUAAAAAUGAUUCAUCUGAAAAUACUGCCUCCCUUAAAAAUUAUUCACUUGAAAAUGCUACAUCCAUUAAACAAAAUUCGCUUGACAAAACAUUAUCUAGUGAAAAAAAUUUCACUAAUAAAAUGGGUGGCCAUGGAUCACCACUCAAAACGCAAUGUAAAAAGUGCUCAAACACUGUGAUGAUUUCAUCAGAUUGCACUUUUGAAAAAAGUUUAAUAAAUGGAACCUCACUUACCAAUCCUAAGGAGGGAUCUACCAAUGGGUCAGGUGCUUCUAAAAUUAUUAAUCACGUACAUCACAACUGUUGUGACAAUAUGAAUGAUAUUUCAGAAAAAUAUUCUCUUUGCACAUCUCAGAAAACAACUGUAUCUGUUAUACAUAACGACAGCAGGAGCCAGGGAGAGGAAAAAUAUCUUUCAAGUAAAAGAAACCAAAACACUGAAAGGAACAAGUGUCACAUCUAUGAUAGAUGUAAAUGCAAGGGAGACGAGAUGGAUAUCAACAUGGACUUGGAAACAGAUACAGACACUCCCAGUUCUGCUGUAUCAAAUUCCAUCAACAUGACAAAUCCGAAUUUGUUAAGAUAUUAUAGGAAUUCUAGUGGAAGCUUUUGCAAUUUGUCUCAAGAAGAAAAGAUAAAGAGGGAUCAGAAAAAGGAAGACGAGGGUCGAGAUUCGUGCGAAAGGUUAACAAGCCAAAUGAGCGAAACAAAACAUGAACAUGGGAACCAAACAAUCAGCGAAUUUUCAAGAAUGUCCUUAUGUCACCUGAUAGAAAAAAUAUUUUCACCAAAUAGUUAUGAUGAAUCAAUAGACAAAUCAUGCUGUCAUCACUAUGUUGAAUCGAAUAAGCAAAUUACGGGAAACUCUAGUGAAGAGUUACCUGAACGUGUGCAGGUCUUUUCCUUGUACUGUACGGAGUCCUCGGAUUGUUCCCUUAUGCAAGUCACAAAAAAAAAAAAAAAAAAAAAAAAAAAACACAAUCGGGAGAAGUUGGAGAAGCGAGAACGAGCACGAGUGCGAAAUAGAAACCUUCUAAAAGUGCUGCAUAGGAAUAGGAAAAGGCUGUCCAAGUUUGAGUGUCCCAGGUGUGCGAAAAGGAACAUGUACCAUCUCACACUGAGUGAUGAGAUGAACAAAAAUUUCGCACAUUCAGAAUGCAUCAUGGAUCCGAAAAAUUGUAGCAAAAAUGGACACAAUGGAAAAAUUGGGGUAAAUCACAUAAUAGAUAAAAGGUGCAUAAAUGAUGAAAAUCACAAAGACCUUGUCGAAAAAUAUCUCAUAUCUGUGUCACCUCUUUUUUAUUCACUUAUGAUUCUAUUUAAUGAACUAAAUUCUAGAAAAAAAUUAUCGAAAACGAUAAAUAUCAUAGAUGAAGAAAAAUGUCAUCUCAAAAAUAUAGAUGUAGUUAAUAAAAAACUUUUAUCAUCCGUAUGUCAUGGUGGAGUUUGGGAUGAACUUCUCACAGUGUAUGAUCCUAUAUACAGUUUUAAUUACGAGUCAUUUAUUAAUCAAACCAUCACAAAUGGGAGGAAUUACUUAUACACAAACGUUGAUGUUGACUUAAAUGCACCUGCAGCAGAUUUAAAAUCAUUCAAAAGGAUUAAUGAAAAUUAUACCCGACAAAAAAAACAGAUAAAAAAUAUAGAAUAUAUAAAUACAAAAGGUACACAUUUAUAUGAAGAAAAAUCUGAACAAAAUCACGAGCCACAUAAUGACAUCACGUGUUUAAAAACGAAAAAAUGUUUGAUGCCAGAUGAAAACACUAAAAUUAUUGAUAGUCCUAAAAAAGUGAAAAAUGGAAAUUUUCUAAUCACAGAUUUUACGCAUGUCUGGAAGAGAGACCCAGUCCAUCGAAAGGAUGAAAGAAAUGAAAAAAUAAAUCUCAAAUUUGACUUUGAGAAAAAAAAAAAAAAAAAAAAAAACACAAGUUCAUGCACCGUGCCAACUCAGGGAGAAGCAGCUUUAUUUUGUUACACAUUAGAAAAGAAGCAUGAAGAAAUGAGUAAUAAUGAAGCGAGUGAGACGAAUGAAACGAGUGAGACGAAUGAGACGAGUGAAAAGAAUGAAUCGAGUGAAACGGAUGAAGCGAGUGAGACGAAUGAAACUAAUGAAACGAAUGAAACUGCAAAGAAUAGAAGCACAUGUGGUUCUAGCCAUCCUAGUAAUAAUGAACAACUUGACGAGGAUUUCCAUGCGAAGGAGAAGAGCAAUACAUCAGUUGGAAAUGCCAUAAAAACGAGCUCUAUUACCCUAGGGGAAGACAUUAAAAAAGAUGAAAAGAUUGUUAACACUUGUUCCAUUACAACAAACAGUAGCAUUAGUAAUGUUGACACAAAUAGUAUGCAAAUGGCAUCAAAUAUGACAAACCCAUUUUGCCAAAAGGAGGGUGUUAAGAUGAGAGCAGAGGAUUUGAAAACAUCCUCUGAGUACAUUCCUCCAGUACAUCAGGAUGAUAACAUGAAGGGUGGAAUGUCCCAAGUGAGAAGCAUAUGUGCUGAUAGUAGUACUCUUUAUCAUGAUCAACAUUUUCCAUAUAAUCGAAAUUACAACAUGGAACUAUUACAAGAAUCUAUAGUUGGCAUAUCUAAUGUGUAUCAAGGAUUCAAUCAGAGUCAAUAUCGAAAAGGAGAUCGUCAAUCUAUUAGUGAAAGCCCACCAAUGAGAAGAACAGAAUGCCACAUCAGCAACAAUAUGCAGACAUCUACUACGAAUAUGCUUUUUGCCAAUGUAGUUCAAGGUUCACAUUUUUCAACUAACAUGUCCCAUUUCGAAUUAGUGAAAUCUAAUGUUAUUAAUUCUAAAGAAGUUAUGAACAGUUUAGAAAUUCCAAAUGACAUUUCCCAAUUCGAUAUGAUGUUGCAUAAGGGAAUGUGUAGAAAUUAUAAUAAAACAUGUGAAAAUCACCUUCUAACAUAUAAAAAUGAAAUGAACCCUAUAUCAAUGAAACAUAGAUGCACCAUAUCAUCGAAUAAAAAUACUCUUCAUUUUAAUCACAAUGAAAAAAACCAAUAUACUUCAGACAAUGUGAUUUUAAAAAAUGGGUAUAUUGGUGACUCCAUACAAAAGGUAGGAAAUAUAGGAAGCAUAAUUCCGAUAAGAAAACACAUACAAAUGAUAGAAAAGAAAUAUGAACAGAAUAUAAAUUUAGCUGGAAAAGUAAGUAGUGCAACGUGGUUGAUAUAUCUUUAUGAGUUGAAACGAGCUAGCUUUUUUAUUAACUAUUAUCUGCACCACUUGCAUUUGUUUAUUUGUUUUAAGAAAUGCAUCCAGGGGUGCCAUAAGAGAAGGGGUAAAAAAAGAACACAAAAAAAUGAAAAGCACCCAGAUGAUGCACAAAAGAGAAUCGAGAAGAAUUACGAAUCGUUCCAAAACAAACAGUGGAUCACAAUAAAGGUAAAUCCAAAAAAAGAAAUUGAAAAUGAAAAAAAAUCGGUUUGUCAAAAGGAGGGAAUUUUUUUUUCAAAAAUAUCAUCGCCAAUAAUGAAUAAUAUAAAUGAGAAGCCCAUCAUCAUUGACAAAAAUAACACAUUGAAUGAACACAGAAAAAAAUUGAAAAAGGAAAAUUAUAACGACCUGAAAAUUCAAAUGAAAAAAACUAAAAGGAAGCUCGAAAAUUUACAAAAAUCAAAUAAUUUGUAUCCCAAUUGUAAAAAAAUGAAAAAAAUUUUCAAAUACAUCUUGCAAAAUUUAAAAUGUUGUAUUCAAGCAUUGUUUGAAAGGACAAAAGGAGAAAUAUAUAUCCUGCCCAUUUGUUCGCAGCUAGAAAAUUCGCCAUUACAUAGAAGAAUCAUCAGUGACAUGCAUCUCCAAAGCAACAAUUGUGAUAAUAGUGAAAAGGACAAGCAUGAUGAAAGAAGUUCCAUCCAAAAAGAAUCAAAACAGAAUAAGCAAAACAGGGAUGAGCUUACGGGGAAUAAUGAAAUUGCCAGACAUAGUGACUGUAGGAGUAGAAAAAUAAUCCAAACAAAUAAGAAGGAACAGUGUGAUAAAACCCUAACAGAGAACGAAUUCGCCUUAGUGUUAAUAGAAGGAAAACUGGUAUUUGUAAAAUUUAUAAAAAUUUGUAUUGACAGAAAUAAAUUUUGGGACGAAAACUUUUUGUGUAGGAGAGACAUAAGGACGGUUAUUCAUGUCAAGGCACUAGACAUCCUUUUUAUUUCCAAGAGGAUGGUUAAAAGGAAGAAUGUGAAAAGUGGGAAAAAUUGGAAGAUGGAAAAAAAUGAGAAAAAUUGGAAGAUUGAAAAAAAUGAAAAAAAUUGGAGGAUUGAAAAAAAUGAGAAAAAAUUGGAAACUGGCAAAAAAAAACACAACUCGCAGGAUUACAUCGAAUUAGAAGCCCAGAGUGAUACAAACACAAAUCGAGAGCAAAAUCGUAUGCCAAGUCAAUGCAUUAGUCGAAGCACCUCAGAAGGAACCAUGGUCCCCAGUGAAGUGUCCAACUUUGAUGACAUGAUAGUGAAAGAACAUUCGACAGAUGACUGUGCAAGGGGCGUGAACAAAGGGACAUAUUUGAACCGUUUGCCAAAGGCAACUAAUGAGAAAAUUAGGAAAAGAAAUCAUACCAUUUCAGAGUUAAAUAAGAACAUAAAAGGGUCACAUACUAAUGAUACGAGGGACUGGGCAGAAGAGAAUCGAUACAACAUCGGGAAAGAUAACAUCAUAGGAAAUAACAUCAUAGGAAAUAACAUCAUAGGCAACAACAUCAUAGGCAACAACAUCAUAGGCAACAACAUCAUAGGCAACAACAUGAGGAGGGUGAAAUUGUGGGAUUAUAAAAAACAAAAAUUAAAAGAAAAAUGCAGUAAUUUCAUUUACAAUGCGAAAAAUAAUUAUAUUGGUCUUUUGCUAGAACAAGAAAUAAAUAACCGUGAUAACAUAAUCACGAAGGGGAGAAAUAUCCAACCAUCUAUUGAGAAUCCAACUAAGAACCAUGUUGAGGUAAACAAAUUGGUAGAAGAAUAUGAGCACAAUGGGGAAGGGAAAGCACAUGGGACUAAGGAACUGAAUAUGAGAGACAAUACAUUCCUAAUCAACCCAUGCAAUGUCGUAACGAGAGUUAAUGUAAAAACGGUUUACAUAUCUAGAAGGAACAUUAGUGAUACCUUAAAAAGUAUCAUAUUUGAAAGUACUACCUUAAAGGAGGGAGAAAUCAAGAAUAUAUUCAACGUGCAGAAAAAGCGAAUUGCCAGGGUUGAUGCUGAAAAAUCUUGCCAUGAACAAUCCCAUCACAGUGAAAAAUCCUUAAAUGAUGAGGAGCAAAAAAAGGAUUUACAAAUGAAGCAACAGAAAGGGCUUGCAAAAGAUGAUGAGGACGAUGAUAAUAUGUUUUGCAUCAGAAUAAUUCCAAGAAGUGAGGUUAUGAGAUACAAAGAGUUAGUACGAAUUACUAAAAAUAGCCCCUUUUAUCACAAAAAUGCGAAAAAUAUUUCAAAUAACACCAACCCUCCCUUACAACAACCUGUCAGUUUGUGUAACUUUUGUAUGACCAAGGGAAUAUUUAAUGUAAAAACAAAUCACUUUACAUUGACUCACAUGCAAAAUGAUGUAGCAAAAGAUGUUAUUUACUUUCUCUGCCACGUGUUGUAUGCAAGAAUGCACUCCUUUUUAUCGCUCCCAGAUGAGACAAAGCAACAAGUGGGGAGAAAUAAGCUUGGUGUGAUAAAAGGAGAGAACCGGUUGAUGAGAUAUUAUAAAAAUGGUGAUUUGUCGAAUUGA